UUUCAACUCGAACCAACUGAUUGCUGAAGAUGGCUGAAAAGGUUGAUUUCGCAGAUUUGGAGCUGAGCAGGAAGAGACUUGGAGCCGGAGCCGGUGGUGAGGUUCGGAUGGCCAAAUGGAAGGACCAGGAAAUCGCGGUGAAGGUGUGCGAAUUUCUGACUAACUCGCUUAAGAAAAACGCAGAAAGGGAAAUCACACAUUUGUCGAGAAUAGACCAUGAAAACGUUAUCAAGGUGUUCGGCACUGCCAGCGAUGACGACACUAACACCAACUACUUGCUGAUGGAGUAUCUGGAGGAAGGGUCUCUACACGAUUUUCUCUACGCCGACAAUCAGAGGGAGUAUACGGUGGAGCAGGCCGUGCGCUGGGCAUUUCAAUGCGCCAAGGGUCUAGCUCACUUGCAUUCGAUGGAGCGACCGGUGUUCCAUCGGGAUAUAAAGCCGCAGAAUUUGCUACUGACUAAUCAGUUUGAGAACCUGAAAAUUUGCGACUUCGGUUUGGCAACGGAUAUGUCCAAUAACAAGUCGGAUAUGCGAGGUACCCCAAGAUAUAUGGCCCCAGAGGUGUUUAAGGAUAAAAAGUACACGGAUAAAUGCGAUGUGUACAGCUUGGGAAUAGUGAUCUGGGAGAUAAUGUCGCGAAAACGUCCCUAUUUUCAUUUGGAGAAUCCGGAAAAUGAAUUCGCCAUCUUGAGUGCUGUUGAAAUGGGCGAGCGCCCAAAAAUGGAUGCAGUGAGAUCCGAUUGCUGGAAUGGCAUCAAGCAUUUGAUAGAAUGUUGUGUGGAUCCAGAUCCCGAUCGACGCCCCUCCAUGCAGCGGAUUGAGGAGUACCUGGGCGAUGUGUGCGUCGGCGGGCAAUACGAGGACUUCGUCCACAUCCUGGACGAUGACUCCGUGGCCGUGGUGACCUUCCACAAGGAUGAGUCCGGCAAUCGCAGCAUAAUGCGCGUCGAUCUAUGGCGCAGGCAUUGGCGCUCGGUCCGCAUGACCUUUCCGAUUGUGCAGCGGGAAGCGGAGCGAUUGGGAAAGGUCAUCGCUCGCGAAACGGUGAGAGCGGCCGGGGAUGUGGGCACGGAGACGGCCAGGGCGGCCCACGAUGUCGAGCGGGAGACGCGCCGGGCGGAGAGGGACACCGAGCGGGAGGUCUCGAGGGGGGCCCACGAUGGCGAGCGGGAGACGCGCCGGGCGGCCCAGGAUGUGGGUCGCGAAACUGGACGGGCGUUCAACAAACUGAAGAAGAAGCUGCGCUUCUAAGCGCCGUACAUGAAAUAUGAUUAUUAAUUCGUUAUGCUAAUGUGCGGGGAAUGAUUAAUAAAGCCGACUGCAUGCGGAGAG